AAUUGUUAGUCUUGAGGGACAAAAAUUAGGGAGGAAAGUGCUAAUGAGUUUUGUCACCAACCUACUGGGCUUUUUAAUCAGCCCAAUAUCCAUUGCAUUGGCCCAAAAUCUUAAUCAUCAAAAUUCGGCCCUUCUAUUUUGGCGCCAAGGCAGCAGCUCUAACGGCCGUAAUUGCCGCCGUUGCGUUUACCGCCGGAAAUGUAUUCAACCCUAGUUGACUGUAGUCAACGUUAUUCGCCGUCACCGAUCUGUUCUAAAUCGUCUUUUCAACUAGUUAACUCUCACAGAAUUGUUUCCAUUUCUCUUUUCGCAAAAAAUCAUCACCUUCCCUGUAAAUUCCGGCGAAUCCGUACCAUAUCCGGCAGACACGUGUCUUCUCAUUCACCGGAAUCUUCAAGCGACGAUAACAAUGCAUUUAAUUGUGAUUCAACUCAUAAUGACUUUGUAUUGCCACCUGGUAAGUUGCUGGUCAGAAAUGUGACAUGGAUUGGUGUUGCCACUAUUACUAGCAAAGUUCUGGGAUUAGUGAGGGAAAUUGUAAUAGCUUCAGCUUUUGGGAUUGGUCCUGACCCUGUAAUAACUGCAUUCAGGUAUGCUGUGGUGCUGCCCGGUUUUGCUGCAUCAGUUCUUGGUGGUGUUAAUGGUCCUAUUCACAUCACAAUGACAGCUACAUUAAGUAAGCUUCCAGAGGAUCGUCUGAAGAAGCUAUUUAAGCAUGCAAAUACCCUCAUAAUCCUGGUAGGAGGUUUGAUGGCUGCCCUAUUGUUCAUAUUUUCCGAGUUUAUAAUUCAUACAUAUGCACCAGGUCUGUGGACCUCAACAGAAGGCCGAAUAACAAGCCGACUAGCUAUCCAACAGUUGAAAAUAAUGACUUCUUGCAUAGUUUUUGCUGGCCCGGUUGGGCUUGGAUUUGGUUAUAUGAGUGCAAAAGGAGAAAAUGUAUUUCCUGCCAUUAGCCCCACAUUGUCUAGCUUGCUCCUGAUUGCCAGUUGCCUCUUUUACUCCUUUAGCAGACAACCGGAUUCCUUUUGUUCUGGCGGUAUUCUUCUGUCUUGCGGAGCUUCACUUGGUGCAGUCGUUCAAUGGAUUAUCCAGGUACUAUUGCUUAAGGGAACAUGGCAUGAAGUUAUUUCAGAAUCAUGGGUUGACGGAUUGAAGAGCGGGGAUAUUUAUGACCUUUUCUCGAUACUAGUACCAGCAAUAUUCAGUUCAGGCUUGGCACAAAUAGCAUCAUUUACUGACCUCUGUUUUGCAUCUCAUUUUCCUGCUGCUGCUGCUGGUCUUUCAUAUGCUUUCCUUUUGGUCAUGGCACCUUUGGGGUUGCUUUCAAGCAUGGUUAUACUGCCUCUUUUGCCCACAAUUUCGGGACUGAUAAAGACAGAGUCGUGGUCAACCCUGGUAGAGAAGAUAAACAGAGCCGUCCUGCUUUGCAUGGUGCUUCUCUUGCCGAUUCUUUCUGUCAUGAGUUGCUUAGCUGAUCCAAUCAUCCGUGUCUUGUUUGAGCGAUAUGCAUUUGAUUCUUCGGCAAGUGCUUUAGUUUCUUCUCUUUUCCUUUUCUAUUCUCUUGGCUCACCAUUCUUGAUUGUCAGAGAAUUGCUAGUUGCAGUGUUUUAUGCCUUUGGAGAUGGAUUUAGACCUUUCCUGGUUAGUAUUGGAGCUAUUGCUCUAAAUGCGACCUUGGAUUGGUUCUUUGUUCACAGAUUACAUAUUGGAGUGCAAGGAUUGGCACUUUCAACAUCACUCACAGCUGCCUUGUCUCUCAUUACUCUGAUCCAUCUUCUUCGAAGGAAGGUUGGAGGACUUCUCCUUCUUCAUGAAUUGACAAGUCCUGGUUUGCUUCUAUGCUUCUGUUGUGUCAUCUCAAGCUUUGUUACCUCCUUCAGUUAUGAAAUGGUCUCCAAAAUUUUCCUUUCUGAGUAUAUCACAAGGUUACCUAGGAUCCAAGAACUCUUCUGCAUAGUAUCAGCUGCUGCUCUUGGAAUUAUUGGCUUCUUUGCUCCUCUUCUGUUAUUAUAUAUUUCUGGACAUAAAUUGGAGCAGAAUAACUUGAAUAUUGAUGACAAAUAAGACUAAAGCACAGUUCCUUAGUAUUUGGUCCUGAACUACUUGUACAUGCCAGUUAUUGCCAAGUGCUUUUGUUCAAUGAAGAUUGAAGAACUCAAACAAUUCAGAGUAAAGUUUUGGAUGAUUGUUGGAACACACAACAUUUGAAUGGCUUAAGGGAUAUCAAUGUGGGCUUGUGAUAAGCCUCUUGAUACUAGGCAGUCUUCUCGAAUAGUUUCAAACAUUGGGGACUGCAUUGCCCUCAAAAGACACUUGGUGCACGAGCAACUAGAAUUGAACAUUUACUCUUAAUCUGUGUAGACGCUCAAUUCCUCAAAAUUUUGUUAUGUACUUGCGUACAUUUAUCUCGCACUUGCCUGAUCUUGGUAAAUGCAUUUGAGAUGACAAGCAAAUACAUAAAGCAUUUGUUCUAUAAGGCUAGAUAAUCUCAUUGUAUCUUUUUCCUAUGUUAUCAUCAAAAAGCAUAAAAACACGAUUAGAUCCACAAGACUUGACCCGAAAACGAGCAUUGAAGCAAACACUUUAUUGAAUUGAGGCGCAAAUUAGAAAGAUUAAAGAGUAUCAAGCAUAUAUUAAUUUAGUACUAUAAUCCUCAAAUUUUCAAUUUAAAUAACUAAUUUCAGAACCCAUUAUACAAUAAUGCUAAUAUUAAUCCAACUCAAAAUUGAGAUUUAAAGAAUUGACCACUUCUCGUAGGAUCAGCGUGUCAUUGUUUUAAGCGCACACGUCUAUGAAACACACAUAACGCCGUCCAUGAAAUAGACAACCCCUCACUCAUCACUUCACUGCUGUAAGCGAGAAAAGAGUGCUUUUAAUAACACUGGUCUUUCCACAAGGCACAAGGACCUUCUCAUU